UCCAUCACUAUGCGGCAAAAAAGUAAACACAAUUUGAUUUUCUAUAAAGUUUUUGAAACUGUUUUGAAUUUUAAUUUAAAAUGAUGGAAACAUCACAGCCAUCUACUUCCAAAGCCGCCCGAAUUAAUUCACAAACCAGCAAUGUUGUGGACAAUGAUUUCGAAAUGGAAGAUUGGGAAGAAAAUCAAGACAGCUGCUCCCUGUGGUGCAUUGAAGACGACACCAUGUUUUAUGCACAGGGUCUUAAACAUCACAGUGCCGGCAAAGGAAAAUCUGUUUAUGUUACAUGGAAUGAGAAUUAUUUACUUAAUUUUGUAUUCAAAACCUCCAAAACUGGCACAACAACACUAACAAAAGUACGAAUAUCGUUGCCGGUUCAUAAACAGCAAUUGGAGGAAAUUGCUAAUAUGUUGAUAUUGGAAAUGAAUACUUUACUUUAUAUGAAAAGUGGUCGUGUUUAUUAUUUUAGUUCUGUCAAGUCUAUGCACAAAGUUGAUUGGUUAACGGGAGUACGUUGUAUGACUGCCUGUCCUCCAACGCUAUUCAGUGUCAUACGUUUAGUGUAUAAUGAAGAUCAGGAGGAACAUGAUCAGCAACGAAUACUUAGUUUAGAAGUAUAUAAAGAUUUGCCACAAUUAGGUAAAUAUACUAGUGAUGAUCAUGUGUUAUGCCACAGUUAUGAUAUUAGUUUUGAUCUGGAAAAUCUGUUCAAUUGUGACUGGCUUGAAGAAACUUAUACUUUAACCUCAUUGAUUACGGAGGAGAAAAACAUUGAAUUCCUAAAACAACUUGUUGCUAUGGGAAAUAUUUUUCGUUCACAGGAUGAAGUGAUUGAACUGGAAAUGAAUCAAGAAUUGCAUAUUUUUACAAUUUCAGGAAAUGUGUUCAUGUUGGUGGGCGCAAGUGUUGCUGAAAGUGAUAAUACUUCAACCAAUCCCGAAGUACAAGACUAUAAUAUACGUCUGCUCAACACGUAUGCUUGCAAUAUCGAAUGCAUACGUAUUGAUUGUGAAAAAAAUUUACUAAUAGUAUUAUUGCAAUCCGGUCAUAUGGACAUAUGGUACAAAAGCAGUCGUAUGUUCGGUGCACUUUUUCAUCAACAACACCAAAUAUCACAGUUUUUAAACUAUGAUUACUGGCCAUUGGAAAACAUAUUUUACUUUACCACCCUAGACGAUGUAAUACAAUUAAAAAUUAUAACAUCUAACACAACUAGUAACGAACAAGAAUGUAUAGUUAAGGAAACUAGAAAGUCAAUAAGUGGUAUGAUUGCUUGUACUUGGGUCGAAAGUUUGGAACAAUUAAUUUGUUUGAGUUUUAAUAACAUCUUCUACAGAAUUAAUUUCAACCAGCCAACAGAAUCAUUGGAGCUCACAGAUGAGAGUGAAACAAAAUAUGAAAAUUUAAAUCACUUAUAUGUCUUAAAUUUAAAACGCAUUAAAGAUCUUACGGCUAAAGCCCAAAUUGUAAAUGAUUUAUUGGAACAACCCAAGCACCUACAUAAUGGCAUAGAAAAAGAAUUUCAAAAACAACAAAUUUUGGCACUCGCAUCGAAAAGUGAAAUUUUCAAAAAAAUAUUUCAAUGUCAUUUAGAAUAUCAUGUAAACAUACCGGGAAUUGAAUAUUUUGACGAAGACUGUGUGCAAAUUAAAACCACAAAUGAUAACAGUUCAUCAAUAUACUGCUUAAUUUUUAUGUCUUUAAAAAAUAAACACAAUUAUCUAUCGUCAGUUUUUACAGCCACACUGUGGUAUUUACACAUUACAACUAAAGAACAUAGUUUACAAUUACAUAUUCCUUACGAACUAUUAAACAAACAACUAUGCCUAAUAAUCGGCAUACCUUUGAAACACUAUGUAAACCAAUGCCUGCCAAAUUAUUCAUUAAAUCUAUUAAGUUUUCUUAAUCAUCAAUCUCAGCAUGUUUGUUUGAAAUUUAAAUUGUGUCUGGCUACAAAUGAGAAAACCUAUCUAAAUAUAUUUAGCUAUAACAUCCAUAAUUUGUCAAUUCUACGUAAUUUUCUAAAUGAUAUUGAAAGUUUGCUGAAAGAACAAGACUUAGAGUCUACUUCUAAAUCUAAUGCGGCAAUGGAUUGCAGCGAAAAUGCUUUUAAACUAAAGCAUCUCUAUAAAAUAUCUAAAAGUGUAUUACAAAAUAUUAUGGAAAAAGUUAAGGCUAAGUCGUGGUCGUCAUUGAGCGGUAUGGAUUUUAAAAUGUAUUAUUUGCAUCAAUAUUUAAUUGUAUUGAAUUAUGAUGAUUCUAAAGAAAUUUUACAAAUGUCUUCUAACUAUCCGGUGGCAAUAUUUUAUAUUAAACUAUUGUUGAUACAUGCAGAUCAGUCUUGUAAUGAAUUGGAAAUUAUUGACAACUCUUCACUCCAUAAUAUGCAGCAAAUGAUUAUGAACUACCAAAGCGAUAUAGAACAUUUAUAUGGGUCAUUGAUAUCAUUAGAUGCGGAAGAAGUUAAUUCGAAUACGAUUUCUAUGCAUUUGGAAAAUAUGAGCAAUGUUUAUUUAAAAUUACGUAAUGAGUUUUAUGAUAUAUUUAGAUAGUAAGAGUUAAGUUUAUUAUAUUUUGUAUGUUAAUAGUUAUUAGUUAGUUUAUAUGAGAGUAUAUAUGUACAUAUUGUACUUAUUAUAUGUAUUAUUAAUUGAAUGAUGAUAUUAAGUUACAGUAUUUUGAAAUAAACGUUUUUGUUUUAUUUUUCA